AUGUAUGUCCCUUCUAAACAUCAAGCAGCAGGUCAUGAUGGAUGUUUAACAUUAGAAGAUGGAUCUUUAUUUAUUAAAUUAACAGUACAACAAGAAAUAGACUUUUAUACCCAAACUCAAACAAGAGAUAAUUCAAAUUUAACAGAAAAUGAUUUACCGGGUUCUAAAUUAAUAGAUUGGAUGCCUGUAUAUAUGGGUACAUUAACUCAAGGUGAUAUAACUAAAGAUACUCUGAUUCAUAGUGAUAUUACAAUUGAAUCUACUACUACUUCCCAAAAACAAUAUAUUGUGUUACAUAAUUGUUAUCAUGGUUUUAAACAUCCUAGUAUUUUAGAUAUUAAACUUGGAUCUAAACUUACUGAUGAUCAAACUACUCCAAUUGAGAAAAUUGCUAGACUUCAAAAGGUUUCGGAAUCAACUACAAGUGGAUCACUUAGUUUCCGUAUAUGUGGAAUGAAGAUAUAUAAUGGUGAUUCAGAUUCAAAACCACAUCGAGAAUUAUAUUCAAAUAUGAAUGAUUCUUCAGUUUCGGUUAAUCAAGAGAAUAUUAAUGAGAAUUAUCUUGAAUUUAAUAAAUUUUAUGGUAGAUCACUUGAUCUUCAAAAUAUAAAACAAGGCAUUUCAUUAUAUUUUGAUCAUCAUUUAAGGAAACUUCCAAAGGGUCAAUUUAUGAUUCGAAAAUUGAUACUGAGUUUUCAUAAACGAUUACAAUUAUUAUAUAAUUGUUUAUUGGAUUAUGAGAUUCGAAUUUUCUCGGGAUCCUUGUUGUUUAUUUAUGAAAAUGAUUUGAAUAAAUGGGCAGGUGCGUUGGAUGGAGAUGACGAGAUGUAUGAAGAGUUGGAUCCUUUGAUUCAUGUUCCAAUUAUUGAAGAUGAGGAUGAGGAUGAGGAUGAGGAUGAUGAGAACCCUCAAGACAACGUGAAUUCCCCCUUGAGUGCAUUAAAGUUGAUAGAUUUCGCCCAUGCAAAAUAUGUAGAAGGUCAAGGUCAUGAUGAAAAUAUCCUUCAAGGAAUUGAAAACUUGAUUGAUAUAUUUCAACAAUUAUUGAAUGAACAAAUCGAUCUAAAACAUUAA